CAUUUAUACUAUACAUGUUAAAAAAAAAAAUCCAUUUAAGGUUGUACUGCUAAUUUCUGUUAGCUUUCACUGCCUUUACUUGUUUGGUUUGAGACUUUGAGUUGCUCUUUCCUUCCUUACAUACUAUUCCAACUAUUUGAGUUUCAGUUCCUCACUUCUCUCCAAUGCUCCGCUGAGUUGUUUUUUUCUCUUCUCCAGUGCCAAUUUCGGUCACUCUUCAUUCAUAUAUGAAGAAGUGACCACUGUUGCUGAAUCAGUUAUUCCUUCAAUCAUGUAUUUCUCUUCUUGCUUUUCCCAUUCUCCAUUGACACUCAAGGCUAUGAAACCUUGUGGUUCUGUUGGGAAGGGGAAAAAUUUUGCUUUCCCUAUCAGAAGUAAUGGUGCUGAGCUUUGUGACGGACACAUUGUGAGAAGUAGAGUCAACUUAAGCGGAGAUUGGAGUUUCAUAGGAGGAUCCAGAAUUAUUGUGAAACCAAAAGCUACAAGAUUGCUUCUUCAUUAUCCAAAAAGGGGUCAAAUGCAAGCUUCAUGCUUCAUAGGAUCUCAACUCACUAGCACUGUAUUUACAGUAGGAACAAUAGCAGUGCUCCCAUUUUACACACUCAUGGUUCUAGCUCCAAAAUCUGAACUAACCAAGAAGUCCAUGGAGAGUAGUAUACCUUAUGUAGUGCUUAGCAUUCUAUAUGCAUAUUUAUUGUACCUUUCUUGGACCCCUGAGACAGUUCGGUUGAUUUUUGCAAGUAAAUACUUGCUACCAGAGCUGGCUGGUAUAGCAAAAAUGUUCUCCAGUGAAAUGACUUUGGCCUCUGCCUGGAUUCACCUGUUGGUUGUUGAUCUUUUUGCUGCAAGGCAUAUUUUCCAAGAUGGACUGAAGAAUCAGAUUGAAACUCGGCAUUCUGUUUCUUUUUGCUUGUUUUUUUGCCCCAUUGGGAUUCUUACUCAUGUCAUCACCAAAUCCAUGACCAAACCUGCCAGAAAGGAGGGUCAUGGUUUAUAGAAGAAAUCUGCUUUCAUUGAGGCAAACUAGGAUUUCAUUUCAAGUUUGAGAAUUUGAGGAACUCAUGUUUGAGUUGAAGUUACUUGUAAAUGUUCGGGUACUUCAUAUCUGUCACAAGGUGCCCAAAGGGCAAUUGAAAUAUAUGGAAAAAAAAGGAGUAACUAACAAUUUUAUUAUA